AUGGAUUUGCUGGCUAUAAAUCAGAAGUUUGUUAGUGAUGACGAGAAUCAAGGGCCAUCUUUAACAUCAGAAAAUCGAGAAGAAAGAAUUGCAGCUCGCCGUGCUCGUGCUCUACAACGUCUAAAUCAACAAAAAGAUAAAGACGAUCGUCAUACUUCGACAGCAGAAGCUGAUCAGAAAGAUGCAGCGACUUUUGCUCGCAAUCAGAUCGAACAAUCGCGACAACGUCUAGUUAAACUCGAAGAAGAUGGCUUAGAAUUUGUGACGAAUAUCCGUGUUGGACAAGAUCUGAUUGAACAUCAACAUCGGCUGGAAGAGGAAGAAGCAACGAGAAAACGAAGAGAUCGAUUGGAGCAAGAUUCGAAAUCAUCGAAAGAAAAAUUUGAAGAAAUCAUUAGAAACUGGGAGGGUGCUCGAACAAAGGAUGUCUCCCGAGAAUUACAUGAAUUGCUCAUGGCUCAAAAGCAUGCCUGUGGAGCGAUGUUGGAAGAAAAAAACAAACUGAUCGGUGAAUUGGAAAAAGAUUUAAAAGGUAAAGAUGAUUAUUAUGUGAAAAUGUUACACAAAUUCGACGAAAACAUCAAACUUCUCGUCGAACGUAUGAAUGAACAAGUGAAAAGCCGUCGGAAAUACUAUGCAACAGAACUGCAUGCUAUCGAAGAAGCGUUCAUUAAAGAGCGACAAGAAUUAUUGGAUAAAUACAAUCGUGAAUGGACAGAAAAACUGGAAGAGCGUCGUCAUAAAGAAGAACAAUUCGCCAUUGCACGAUUCGAACGUCACGAAUCGUUCGAGCGUGAUUUACAUCGUUUGCGCAUAAAACAUGCAGAGGAAUUUAACGCCACGAAAGCCAGAUUAGAAAAUCAAGUUCAGGAACAGCAACGUAAAAUCGAAGAGAUGAGAGCAAUCUAUCACCUGAGUCAAGAGAAAUAUGAUUACAAUUACAAAGUCUUGAAAAAACGAGACGAAGAGAACUCAUUAACGAUUGGUGUGCAGAAAAAUCGGAAGAUUCGAUUGAACGAUUUGUUAACCAAUUUGAAGAAGAAACUAGCCGAGAAAGAGAAAGCUUUCAAGGCACAAAGCAUACAAGCAGCGGAAGAAUACAAACGAACAUUGGGAAAUACGCAAGAAAUCAAACGACAGGCCAAACAUUUUCUAACUGCUGAUAUGGAGAAAUUUCAUAAACUAUGGAUUAUGAAUGAAGAUCGUUGUCGAGAAAUGACUCAGAAGCUACUCGAUGCUGAUAGAUUAAUAUUCGAACAACAACUCGGCCUUCCUUGGACGCCAUGUGACACUGAAUUUAUGAAUAAUGUCGGUCCGAUUGAUUCGAAGAAACUUCCAAAGCCAUCGAUCGACGUCGUCCGGGAAUUAUUAACUGAUCAGCAAGAUGAGAGUGCCCCGGAUAAUCUCUUGUCUGGUACAUCAAUGAAGGCUAUUUUAGAAUUACUUUGCGAUGAGGGAGACUUUCUUGUUGAACCGAAACUAUUGGCUUUGCUCGAACCGUUGGAAAAAAACGAAAGAAGUUUGAUUAAACUAGAUGCCAUUUUCCGAGCAUUGAAAGUUGAAAACGAAGAAGAUAUUAAAUUGAUGGCGAAGUUUUUCGUCGAUCACAUCCAACAACAAUCGAAAAAUUAUGUAUCAAGUGGUGCUGGACCUGAACAAGAAGAUGACGAAGAAGGAAGACAUGAAGAGAGAGAAGAAGUAACGGAGAGUGGUACACGUCAGAUCAUUGAUGCUGAUGGCAAUUGCAUCGAAUUAAUUCAUCCUAAUCACGUACUCAAAGCAUUGAAAGCCUUUCUUCAAGAAUACCGUGGCCAUCAAAAAGCAACGUCACAAGUACAGUAUCAAGUUGCAGCACUUGACGAACGCGACGAUUCGCAGGAUGCAGAAUACUGGGCAAAGUAUCCCAAUGUGAUUGACGGACAACGAGAACGUCUUUGGGAUGCGUUCACUGUUGGUCUUCAAAAAUAUUACGCGACAUUAACCGCUCGUGCCAAGUUAAUCGAAGACAACAAUGCAUUAGCAAGACAGAACGAUGAACUACGUCUUCUUCUUUCGAAAUACAUGCAAUCGAAAGUCAAUCAAGAAUUGCAAAUUCCUCCUUCACAAAUCAUUCAACUACAGCUGUCCGAACAAUCGGCAGGCAAUGGGCAAAAUGGUUACUGA